UACAGAUAGUGCGCUCAGUCGCAAUCGGCCCGCGCGUUGUGUCGCGCGCGUUCGCGGAGUGUUUACAAACAGAUGGCUUGGAACAUUGUUUAGUGGUUUUCGACGCAUUUUUGUAUGUGAAUGCAGUUUGUUGGUAAAUUUGGGAAUGUUUUUCAAAUUAGCGGAGAGUGGAUAUUGUCUUUUAAUCGGGGCCUUUGAUUUUAAUUUGCUGGUGAAGGUAAUUUGUUUGAAAAUUUGUUUUAAGCCGCCUGUGAAUUAAAAAAACAAACUGUCAAUGUGAAAUGUAAAUAAAAUUAUCAGUGAAUCGAUCAAAAUGGACAAAAUUAUCGAGAGUGUUAAGAAACUGAGUGGUUCUAGGAGGGCAAGCCCUGACCUGAGCAGGAGUCAGUACUCCUUGGUAUCGACUGGGGAGCUGACGGCCGGAGCCAUCGAGUUAUGGAUGGGGUUACCUGAAGAAGUCAAGUACGAUCCCGCUCUGGCCCCGUUUCGACAGUAUUAUGAGAAGGAACAUGGUAACUUUGAUAACGUUUCUUUGAAAAACUCCGUCCCUAAAAUAAAGAGAUUGCCGCUGGUGAGCUCGGCGCCGCAUCUCAACAAUAAUGUGCAUAUCAUUAAGAAUGAUGUCACGGAGAAGAGUGAUGAAAAAAAUCAAGAGAAAUUACUUGAAGCCACUGAAAGUGAGCAAAGUGAGAAAAGCAAGAUGGCGGUUGUGCGGCAUUACGUGAAGAUGGGCGUGCUGCUGGCGUGCUGGGUGUUCUUCACGGUGGUGUUCAUGAUGUACAAUGAGAGAGAGGAGAUCAUCAGGAAUACCUCCGUCAUGCCUGGACAGAUUAAAAAUUACGUGCUCGACGACCAAGGGGAUUCUUUGUCAAUAUUACUAACUCUCUCGGGGCCGUUCCUGUCGCAGCAAAACGAAAACUUUAACAAAACAACUGAGGAUAGUUUGAGCAAACUAGAAAUCUGGCUGGAAACUUGGGAUGACAACAAUAACUUUAAUAAAUCACAGAAAUCAGUACCCUGGAAGAUAAUACUAGACGAGCAAAACCUCGACUUCUCCGAAGGCGAACCACGCUCGAGCAAGCUUAAACUCCAUUCGCUCACGAAUUCGUCCUUCGCUAUCCGAAUGCGUUCGACUUCGAACCAGACCAUAGCGUUCACUAUGAACUACAUGCUGAACCCGAUCGACAGCACAACUGGACUUAUAUAUGCUUCGUUACUGUUGUUUGGACUUUACGUGCUGAUUAUUUUUGAGAUAAUCAACAGGACAAUGGCGUCAGUCCUCCUCUCGACUACAUCCUUAGGGAUUCUGGCUAUAGCGGGCCAGAGACCUUCCCUUUCAGAGGUGAUCUCUUGGCUGGACGAAGAGACGUUGCUGCUGCUCUUCAGCAUGAUGCUGAUCGUCGCCAUUAUGGCUGAGACCGGCAUGUUCGACUUCCUUGCUGUGUUUACUUUUGAGGUGACUAGAGGUAAAAUAUGGCCGCUGAUCAGCCUGCUGUGCAUUAUCACCGCGGUACUGUCAACAUUCUUAGAUAACGUCACAACAGUAUUGCUCAUGACACCUGUUACUAUCAGGCUUUGCGAGGUGAUGGAGAUGGAUCCCAUUCCCGUGCUGAUGUCAAUGGUGCUAUUCAGCAAUAUAGGCGGCACCGCUACUCCCGUGGGAGACCCGCCCAAUGUCAUCAUAGCUUCUAAUAAGGCGGUGGUGCAAGCGGGUAUAAAUUUCACAAACUUCACAUUGCACAUGACGCUCGGCAUCGCGUUUGUGUGCGUCCAGACGUACUUCCAACUCAGGUUUAUAUAUAGAGACACGAAGAAGCUGCGGUUGAAUGAACCCAGGGAGAUACAGGACCUACGUCAUCAAAUUUCAAUAUGGCGGCGUGCUGCUGACUCAUUACCCCAUCUGAGUAGAGACGAGCAAGUUGUGAGAGGGAGAUUAGAGAAGAAGAUACAAAAGUUGUCGUCACAACUAGACGUGUUAGUGAAAGAAAGCCGCAAGAGGGCGUGCCCGAAGGAUACGUUCAGGAUUACCCUGGCCGAUAUGAAGGACAAGUACAAGAUACGCGACAAGAGUCUGCUCAUCAAAGCGACCGUUUCCAUCACGUUCGUUGUUGUCGUUUUCUUCUUACACUCUCUACCAGAAUUCAGCCGCGUGUCUCUCGGCUGGACGGCGCUGCUGGGCGCGAUCCUGCUGCUGACACUGGCAGACCGCGAGGACCUGGAGCCGAUCCUGCACCGCGUCGAGUGGUCCACGCUGCUCUUCUUCGCUGCGCUCUUCGUGCUCAUGGAGGCGCUCUCCAAGCUGGGUCUGAUAGAGUUCAUUGGAGGUGUGACUGAGGCCAUCAUUCUUGGAGUGGACGAGAGCGCCCGUCUGGCGGUCGCCUUGUUGCUGAUGCUGUGGGUAUCGGGAGUCACAUCAGCCUUCGUGGACAACAUACCAUUGACCACGAUGAUGAUCAGAGUCGUCGUUUCCCUUGGCUCCAACCCCAACCUGAACCUGCCCAUGGCGCCCUUGAUUUGGGCCUUGUCCUUCGGGGCGUGUUUGGGGGGUAACGGCACGCUAAUCGGCGCAAGCGCGAACGUGGUGUGCGCAGGAGUUGCAGAACAACACGGUUACAAGUUCACAUUCAUGCACUUCUUCAGAGUAGGCUUCCCGAUAAUGAUCGGACAUUUAAUAGUCGCCUCUAUCUACCUCUUGAUAUGCCAUUGCGUUUUUACCUGGCAUUAGCACGGGUUAUUUUUGACUCAGAAUAGAAAAUAAGGAAAUUAAUAAGUGAAUUAUAAUAAUUAUUGUUUGUGAUAAAUUUUAAAUAUGUAUUAAUAUGACAGUUAAAAAUAGUUGCUAAGAUUAUGAUUGGUUUCAUAAGGGUCCAAAAUGACACGAAGAAUGUAAGAAAAUCGGUGUCAAUGCCACUGUUUACGUUCCAAAUUUAUGAAUUAUUUUCCAUUAUGAUACUCGAUAUCCAAAGUCUGAAAGAGACGAGCACAAUGCCAUACAGUAUUUUGGAAUUCAAGUUCAAUAGCAUGCCUACUGUUUAUUGCUUGUCUCUCUACUAAUUUAAAUAAAAUUAAUUCUAGCAAUUAUUGUGAUCAAUGUACAAAGUAUGUACUUAUUUGUUACAUAAUAAAUUAUGUGCAGUGCUUAAUAAAAUUAAGAACAUGUUUGUAAGAGAAUUGAUGUUUUGUUUUAGGUAAAUUAUUUAGCUUCACACAGCCGUAUUGAGAUUCAUGCUUCUUCAACUUCUUAUGUUGGGUCAGUCACGUUGUUCAAAUGAUUUAGCUUUGUUUUAAAUAAUACAGAAUAUAUUGGAUUAGAAAAAUCUACAAAAAGGCUUCGUUUCAAACCCUGAAUCCAGUCUAAUGUUAAAUUACUAGCAAAAUAGACACGUUUAUUACCACCGCAGUACUGAUAGUAAAUAUGUGACGGCAUCUUCUGACUUCUGACAACUCGCAGUCUCAUAAUGACUAAGUAAAAGAUUUCCUGUAUGCAAUAUUUAUAAUUCCCUUAGGGAUGAUGUGGACUUUCAAUAAAUUUAAGAUAUUAAGUCACAGUGAUGUGGACAUGUUGAAUUAAAUUUACACAGUAAUAAUGAACAAUUUAUUAGGCAUUCUUUUAUCUCUUUCUCUCAAAAUGGCGUGCAGAAAUGACUUAGCAGAAACGUGACGUCAAGUCACUAGCGUACUAUUACGAAAUUCUAUGUUAUAUUUGAUAUACAAAUUGAUGUUCACAUGACUCCAAGUAUUAUUCGGUCAACAUUUCCAAUAAUUCCGAAAGAUAAAUAAAGAAAGAACCAUAAAUUAUUCUUUUCUAAUUUUUACCAACAUGAAAAAGUUUAAUCAAAUAUUUGGCAUCAUGAGUAAAAAUUAACAUAGGCCCUUGUUAUACUGAGCCAGCGAAGUUUUCUAUAAAUUUUAAGUAACAGUCAACAGUAAAACGUAUCAGUCAACAUCCCUAUAAUGGAAUGCCUACAACAAAAAUGGAUGUAGACAUUAAUAAACUAUUUAAGAUGCAGAAGCUUGCGUAUUCAUCGGUCUCUAUAGAGAAUUGUUGUGAAAAGAGGGGAUUAGUUAUAUCUACUUCUUCUGGUAAAGGGCGGUUUGCAAUGAUUUGUAAUAUUAAGAAGCGAAUACAGCUUUCCAUGGCGGUUUACUCGUGUUUUACAAAUAAUUGACGUUUACCAACGAGUUUAAUUCUAGACAUGUAUGUUAUAUAAUGUGCAUGUGAUCCCCACUUUUGCGACAUUCUGUACAUCAUUAAAUAAAUCCCGCAAAAACGUACAUGAAAAGAUGUAAGGGUGAUUUUGUCGAAUUUAGUAACCUAUCUACUGUCAUUGUUGACAUUUAACUAUACAGGGUGGAUUUUUAAGACGAUGCAUUAGGGCAGCUGCCUUAACUGUUGUAGCUACAAGAAAACUUUCUUAGGAGACUGGCCUUUUUUUAAGACAGUAAAAUCUGCAUUUACAUGUUUUGAAAAAAAUACAAAGUCCGUAAGAAAAUGAGCAAUUUAUGUAAAAAAAAUUAUAGAUGUGGAUCGAUCCGUUUGUUUAUCAAGAUCAAAAAUAUGUACGGGACCAUCCGAGGUUUGAGAACCUUUAAUUAAAUAAUGCAAAAAUCUUCCAGCCUACAUUUUGUAGGAAAUGCGACUCUAAUUUGCUUUUAAAUAUAACAAAACUUAGUAUUCAGUGACAAACUGUAAAUGCAAAUCUUAAUGUCUUUAAAAAUAAGUGUCUCCUAAAGAGUGUUCCUAUAGGUACAGCUGUUAAGGCUUUGCCUUUGCUUGCCGGUGUUGAAAGUCCACUCUGUAUACAGGUGUAUUUUUAGCGGGAUCUAUUUUGGAUAAUCGUAUGUCUGAACUGGUUUAUUAAAUACCUGUGAUAGCCUAUUUAUUGUUACGUAAGUAUUUUGAUGUAUUAUUAAGUUUAAGAGUUUUGAAUGCUGUAAAUAAAGAAAAUAUUAUUUUA